AUGGCUCAGCCGAACCAGGGUCGCCUUCUCACCGAUGACGCGAGCAUGAGUGAGCUUGGACUGCAUCGGUCAAAAUUCGAGGAAUGGGAGGAUGGCCUGCGCAGUCCAAAUACCGAAAGUGGGGAGUACGAGUGGUGGUACGCUGAUGGACACCUGCAAGAUGGCUGGUUUGUCCAAGUAGCCUUCUUCUACAACUCCGAAGGCGCUGGUACCAAGGCAGGACUCAUCGAUUUCAACAUUGCCAAGGACGGGGAAAAGGUCUGCGACUUGCACAAGCGAUUUGAGCUGUCGGCCAACUUGCAAGUUGGCAAGGAUAAAUGCCAUGUGCAAUUCGAAAAGAGUUCUUUCCGCAGCAUUGAUGGCUUACGGAAGUAUCACAUCCACGUCGACCCGGACGAGAUGGAAGGCUUCGGUGCCGACGUAACGAUUACAGCAGCCACCCCAUCCUAUCGCCCGGGCACAGGUCGGUGGGAUGUGGACGGCCGUCACUUCUCCUGGUUUGUGGCUGUUCCUGGCGGUCAGCUCACUGGUGAAAUCAUCACCAACGGCACCAAAACAAAAGUUGAAGGAAACGCCUAUCACGAUCACAACUGGGGCAACGUGCCGAUGGAAAAUAUCCUCGACAACUGGCUUUGGGGGCGCGCUGACGUACAUGGUCUUACUAUUGUCUCCGCGUCUGUAAGAUUUCGUCAGGACUGUGGCGGUCGAGAGGUCCCUUUGCUGUUCAUCGUUCAGGGGGAUGAGGUUCUGGUGAAUGCAGUCAAUGAACAGCUUGUGUGCCUAGAAGGGGUUAAAAGGUCCCAUCCAGUCACCAGCAAGCCGACAAGCACUGAUUGCAUUUAUCUUGUUAACUCGGCAGGAGAAGGUGCAGCGGAAGUCCGAUUCAACGGCCAGAGCAAGGUGGUUGCAACAUUCCCAUUCCCAACUACCUCAAAAGACUGGGAAACAUGGUAUACGAGGUAUGCGGGACUAGUAACAGUUAACAUUGUCGAUGGCGAGAAGCGUAUUCGCACAUCCGAUCUGGGUACGUUGGAAGUUAUGGAUUUCUUCGGCCGGAAGAAGUAG